AUGAGUAAGAAGACAAUCAUCAUCACAGGUGCCAACACAGGUAUUGGAUUUGAGGCUGCCAGAAUACUGUGCAGAUCAGGGGACAAGUAUGAGGUGAUCCUGGCCUGUAGAUCCGAGGAGAAAGCCCAGGCAGCUGUGAAGGCUAUCAAAGAGGAGAGUCCCAAUGCAGAUGUCAUGUUUAUGAAAUUGGACCUGGCUUCCCUAGACUCAGUGCGCCAGUUUGUAGACAACUUCUUGGCAACUGGCAAGAAGCUCCACGUGUUGUGUAACAACGCUGGCAUGGCCACCAACUUCUCCGACAAUGUUCGUCAUCUGACCAAAGAUGGAUUUGAGAUGACUAUGGGGACAAAUCAUUUUGGCCACUUUCUGUUAACCAAUCUUCUCCUGGACAAGCUGAAAUCAACUGCGGCAAGUGAUGGAGAGGCCAGAAUAGUUGUUACUUCUUCAGGAAUGCAUGAUAUAAAUGGCCAGCAGAAUAGAAGAGCGUUUAUUGGUCCAACUUGA